CUGUUUAUGUCAACCAUUGACAUGGUCACACUGCCUGAACACAGAGUAAAAACAUUUGGUUCGUUUGGAAAACAACAUUCAUUUUUAGAAUAUUCGUGUAACUCCAAGUCUAGACAAAAUUGAAAGUAAAAUUUAAAAGUUACACGAAACCCGUCAGCAUCCAAACCCCCAACUCCUGAGCAUCACGUCUUCCAGACUCUAGUCGAAGAAGAGGUCGAUGAUAUAAUAAUGUCACGAUCCCUCAGUCGCGUACUGGGCACCUUUAGCCCCGGCAGUUGGAUGCCGAUGGCUGCCCUGCGUGGAUUCCUGGUGCCAGACAUGACCUCUGCACUUCCGAUGGCCGCUACUCAGCGGGCCAGCUACGCUAAGCGGAACGGACCGCCAUGGGACCCUGACAUGCCUUUUAAAACAGUGUCCAGGUCGCGCCGCCGCGUCGAUGAUUAUGACGACGAGGUUAUCAUUUUGGAGAACGAGCCAAACUGGGAGCUAACCGCGACAAAGAAUAACCGCUUCUACCUGCCCCAUGCCAUCGGACCCGCCUGGCAGGGCGACACAACCACCGCCAGCCUGAUGGGUCCGCUCGGUGAGUUGGUUAACUUUAUGAAGGAGGACAACAAGGACGGAUCACGUCUUGAGUUCGCCUGCUGCGAUUGCCCGGCACUGCUUCGUGGAUCGAUCACGGAGCUGUUCCCCAUGCGCAUAGGAUCACAUCGGCAUUCGCCUAUAACAAUGCUCACCUUGAGCAAUGAGGGGGACAUUGAAAAGGGAGCAAUAAAGUUUGUUCUCGCUGCUCGCGAUAUUUGCUUUCGUCUGAUGGCGUUUGGCUAUUGGGCAGACUUUCUCAAUCCGUUCAGCGGCAAACCAUACAUUAUGCCUAAGGAGGGACUCACCUUGUACAAACAGGACCAACGGUUCCGUGGUAUAAACAUGUUACUGACCCAGAAGAGCCACUGCUUAGUUAUUAGUGCCGCUAAGAACGAUCGCACCAAAUUCUCAGGCACUAUCUAUUGCACUGCGCCGAGUGACUAUAAGGAAAUGUUGGAGCUCCUAGUGUGGCACGAUUUCGAAGAAGACGAGCCGUUGCCUAUGUCGCGCCGCAAUCUGCCGCAAUGACACCGCUACGCCAGAAGACUAAGCUUUUUAGUGAUAACUGUGUUAACUAUUCAUCAAAUCGUUCUGUUUACCGACUUAAUGCUGUAUAUAUAGCUGAUAAGCUACUGUUAAACAUAUAUAUUUCUGCGAAAUAUAAACAUUAAGAAUGUCAUGCUCCUCCUAA